CAUCAUCGCCAAGUAGAGGCUGCAAGUUUCUUAGACGGAGGUGUACUAAAGACUGUGUCUUUGCACUGUAUUUUCCCACCGACGAACACUUGUGGUUUGGUAAUGUGCUCAAGGUCUUUGACUAAGACAACCAAGCCACAUGGGCUAUCACGUAGACCAAUUAAAUACAGUGCCACUUAUACAGCACUUCUUACAGCGACACUUUAG